CAUGCGCUGUUAGUAAUGAAUGGUGGAUUACACACGGGGAAAAGUGGAAGAUAGACUUCAGGGCCUAUGCUGAUGGAGAAGCUGGAAGAAUGGUUGGUAAAGAUGUGCUGCUCGAUUAUUUAGCUGGAGCUGUAUCAGGAUCAGCAGGAGUGUUAUUUGGUCAUCCCCUGGACACCGUCAAAUGUCAGCUACAGGUGCAACAAGCUGGGAACCAGUACAAGGGAUUAUUGGAUUGCUGUAUCACCAUUAAUAAACAAGGACUGGCAAAAGGAUUUUUUCGAGGAUUAUCAUGGCCACUUUUCUCCUAUGGACUUGUCAACUCGAUGUUCUUUGGGACUUACGCCAACACCUUGAAACUUCUGGGUUCCAGUGCUGUACCAGGCUCUGAGCCCCACUUCCUACAUAUUGUGAUUGCAGGUUCUGUGGGAGGUGCGGCUCAGUUGUCAGUUGCCGUUCCUGUAGAGGUCAUCAAGGUCGUCUUACAGUCCCAGAUUCCCCAUCCGUCUAAACAACAUAUCAUAGGUAUAAAUCGUGAUUAUUACAAGGGACCUAAUGAAGGAAUUUUGGAUAUAAUACGUGCUAAAGGUUUCAAAGGAAUGUAUAGAGGGACCGUAGCUCAGCUUUAUCGGGACAUUCCAGCUUCAGCAUCAUAUUUUGCGAUAUUUGAAUAUUCUUCCUAUUACGGACAUAAGUAUUUCCCAGCAAUCAACAGUCAGGUUAUCAACUUUUUAUCAGGAGGUUUAGCAGGGGUCCUAAGUUGGACCCUCAUUUUACCUCUGGAUGUAAUGAAGAGCCGGGUUCAAGCAGACGUGAAAGGAAAUUUAUACACAGGAUUGUGGGAUUGUGCAAAGAAGAGUGUACAGGAAGAAGGAUUUACAGUUUUGUUCCGUGGGUAUUCUGCUGUAGCUACGAGAGCUUUCCUUGUUAAUUCGAUAACGUUGUUAGUCUAUGUUGAACUGUUGAAAGCUUUUAAAGCCGUACAUUUAGCAUAGCUGUGAUAAGUGUACUUUAAUUAAGCAUUAUGCAUACAGGUUUUGUAAGUGAGAGUACUGUAGUAGUUUUUAUAAAAAUGAUCUCUGUUUGGGCAUCUUUUGCCUGACCAAUUACAGCAUUGUUAAUUACUAUGGUAUUUCCCUGUUAUAAGUAAGGCAAAUAUUUUGUUAUGUCUAUUUUGUUUUAUUCAUUAAUAUUAUUUCUACAUGUUGUUGCCAAAAAAAAAGAAAUCGACAAUCAUUGUUUUACUUGAAAAUAGGGCAGAUAUGAAAAUGUAGCAUUUUUAGCUCACCUGUCACAUAGUGACAAGGUGAGCUUUUGUGAUCACGCAUCGUCCGUCCGUCCGUCGUCCGUCCGUGCGUAAACUUUUCCUUGUGACAUCUCUAGAGGUCACAUUUUUUGUGGGAUCUGUAUGAAAGUUGGUCAGAAUGUUCAUAUUGAUGAUAUCUAGGUCAGGUUCGAAACUGGGUCACGUGCCGUCAAAAACUAGAUCAGUAGGUCUAAAAAUAGAAAAACCUUGUGACCUCUCUAGAGGCCAUAUAUUUCACAAGAUCUUCAUGAAAAUUGGUCAGAACGCUCAACUUGAUGAUAUCUAGGUCAAGCUCGAAACUGGGUCACGUGCCAUCAAAAACUAGGUCAGUAGGUCAAAUAAUAGAAAAACCUUGUGACCUCUCUGGAGGCCAUAUAUUUCACAAGAUCUUCAUGAAAGUUGGUCUGAAUGUUCAUCUUGAUGAUAUCUAGGUUGAGUUCGAAACUGGGUCACGUGCCGUCAAAAACUAGGUCAGUAGGUCUAAAAAUAGAAAAACCUUGUGACCUCUCUAGAGGCCAUAUAUUUCAUGAGAUCAUCACGGAAAUUGGUCAGAAUGUUCACCUUGAUGAUAUCUAGGUCAAGUUCGAAAGUGGGUCACGUGCCUUCAAAAACUAGGUCAGUAGGUCAAAUAAUAAAAAACCUUGUGACCUCUCUAGAGGCUAUAUUUUUCAUGGGAUCUGUAAUGAAAGUUGGUCUGAAUGUUCAUCUUGAUGAUAUCUAGGUCAAGUUCGAAAGUGGGUCACGUGCCAUCAAAAACUAGGUCAGUAGGUCAAAUAAUAGAAAAACCUUGUGACCUCUCUAAAGGCCAUAUUUUUUAUGGGAUCUGUAUGAAAGUUGGUCUGAAUGUUUAUCUUGAUGAUAUCUAGGUCAAGUUCGAAACAGGGUCAUGUGCGGUCAAAAACUAGGUCAGUAGGUCUAAAAAUAGAAAAACAUUGUGACAUCUCUAGAGGCCAUAUUUGUGAAUGGAUCUUCAUGAAAAUUGGUCAGAAUGUUCAUCUUGAUGAUAUCUAGUUCAAGUUCGAAAGUGGGUCACGUGCCUUCAAAAAGUAGGUCAAUAGGUCAAAUAAUGAAAAAACGUUGUGACCUCUCUAGAGGCAAUAUUUUUCAUGGGAUCUGUAUGAAAGUUGGUCUGAAUGUUUAUCAACUGGGUCAUGUGGGAAGAGGUGAGCGAUUCAGGACCAUCAUGGUCCUCUUGUUAAAUUAGCUUGUUAGAGGGAUCUGUUAGCGUUUGUAAAUUUCAUUGUUGUAAAUGUUACACAAACCUGGGUUGAUUAUUGUAAAGCAGUAGUUUGGAGACCAGUCUAAGAACAGCAGCAGUUGACUGGUUGCUUUUGAGCACAAAUUUGAAAUUAACCAAUGGCAAGUCUGCAUUCUUAGACUGUGUCCAAUCUUACAAGUCUUAUGUCUCAGAAAAUAAAUAAAGUUAGUCUGUUAUUUAUAAGGUUUUUGACUGUAUUUACUUAUUGUUGAAAUAUGUUUUAAUGAAUACACAACACAGUUUGUUGAUGUUCUAUAUACUGAUUUUUUUUCUUCUGUUUUUUUUUUCCCCCAAGAUUUUUUCAUGAUGUUUGAAGUGUUCUAGCCAUCAACAUCAUUGUAUAUAUUUUUAUUUCACCUUUUUCAAAGGAUAGAGUUUCAUUAAGAAUAAUAUUAUGUUCAUUUUUAUAAAUGGGUAUUUUUAAAUUUCACUGAAAGAUACAUUCAUUGUUAUUGUAAAUAAUAUUUUACCUCAGUUUAUUAAUGUUUUAUUGCACAUUUUUUAUCCAGAAUUACUGCAUUAUUAUGAAUUUCUAUGUGUAUAUUUUAAAUAUAAUUUUGACUUUUUACAAGUAAAUUCAAAUGAAAUUAAGUGUUUUUACUUGCAUUUUUGGUUGGGGGCAAUUUAAGUGUUGCCAUGGUGACUGAUUGUUUUGAAUUAUUUAAUCAUAUGACAAAAGUUAUUUUGAUACUAUCCAGAAAUCCCACUACACUUCAGUAAUGUUUUAUUGUGAUUAUAUGUUGAAUUUAUGUUAAUAAUGAACCCCAUCAUGACUAAAGGUACCAUACAGUGAAUUAUCAGUUUUAAAGUAAAAGGUCAGCACAAAAUACCAGGCAUGCGUAGGGGAGAGGGAGACCUAGUAUUUGCAUUCCUGUCUGUGUCUGUCCGUCUGUCAGUUAAAUAUAUCUUAAAUUCUUUGAAGGAUUUUCUUGAAAAUAAAGUUGUGUUGAUUGCAUUAAGUCAAUUAGCAGAACCAAUAGCCUUAGGUCAGGGUCUCAAGGUAAAAGGUUUUAGCUGUAGUGAUAAAAUUCCAUGUUUCUUGCAAAACCAUGGGAGGAUUUUUUAACUGUUUGAUAAACGCUUUUAUAACUGUUUGAUAAGCUGGAAAAUUAUGUCCACAAGAUAAAGCAUUUUGCAACUUACAACUGUUUCAUAUUGGGCAAUGAUCAGGGUCACAGUUUGUUGGACUGCAAUGGCUAAAUAAAACCUCUUACCGGUAAUAUCUUUACGGGAAUAAACAUUUUCUUCAACCUAUAAUGGUUUAACAACAAUAAGUUUGGUAGGGAUACAGUCUUGUUGGAUACUUAUGUUUUUUAAAUGAUUGCUCAAUGUAUAUAAAAAUUCAAACCAAAGAAGCAAAAUAUCAAAAAGAUUCCAUUUAUGAUGCAUAUCAUGGUCAAUUAAUUAGAAAAUAUAAAAGACAGUAUGUUCAUGACUCCAUUGUGUGGCAUUUUGCAAAAUCCCAGGCUGGAAAUGUCAAACAUUUUGUAGAGUGACUAGCUUUGUUAGUAAGUUUUACAAAAUGCUUAAAAAUUUCAGGCAUUUUACAUAAUUAUAGAUAUAUACAUGAUUUUUUUUAAUAUUCAGGAAGUUUUGCUAUAUGUGAGGACAAUCUGUUUCAGAAAUUGUUAUUAUAAUAUAUAAAUCUGCUCCUGCACAUGGAAUUUUAACAUUUAUUUAUUUUAUUUGCAUAUAAGGUCAUUUUUAUGCCCCCGCAUAGCAUAGCAUUGGUGCUGUCCGUACAUCCCGAAAUCUUGUGUCCAACUCAUCCCACACUGCACACCUGAUUUACUUCAAACUUUCACAGAUGAACAAGCUUGAUAUGCAGAUGACCAUGAAGGAAGGAACCUAAGCUGUGACUAUUUUCACUGCAGUUAAGACUCUUUGGUAGUUUUGGACUUUUGGUAUAUAAAAUAUAGAGAUAAAUCUUGUGUGUCCAACUCCUCAUACACUAUUUAAAGGAUAUGGUUGAAAAUUUUACAGAUGAAGAACCUUGAAUAUGACCACAGAUAAUGGACUUUUUAGUGUGCUAUUUUUUUCUAGAAUUAAGGUCCUUUCUUCAUUUCACCAAAUAAGCCACAGUGAAGAAAUUUGGUUUUUUCAACUCCUCAUACACUUUCUGAAGGAAUGGAUUAGAAGUUGCUCAGAUACACAACCUUAUCUGAAUACAAUUUACUUCAAACUUUAAGUCGAACAUCCUUCAUGUGAAUAUGGUUUGUGCUAUGCUAUUUAGAGGAUGAUGCAGUAUGUGGGGGCAUACAUGAAUUGAACACAAUUCUAGUCAAUAGUCUGAACUACUGCAUGGUUGUGUUGUUGUUUUUUAAUCCGGUAUAACUCGAUUUUUAUAUUGCGAUAAAAACAAAAAUCAAGCAAUUCUAAAUGUGUUCUGUUCUGUACAUGAACAAUUUUUAUAAAUCUUUGUUUUACUGUAAAAGGUGGUUUUUCAUAAUCAGUGAAUUUGUUUGUUUUAUUAAUUGGUAUUUUUAAAUUUCAGUGUAAAGUACUUUUAAUGUUCAUAAUUUACCUAAAGAGUUUUGUUGCUGUUCUCUAUUUUUUGCCAUAAUUAAUGUAUGAUACACAUUUCUUUUUAUGCCCCCGAAUGGAGGCAUAUAGUUUUUGAACCGUCUGUCAGUCUGUCGGUCUGUCAGUCUGUCCGCAAUUUUCGUGUCCGGUCCAUAUCUUUGUCAUUGAUGGAUGGAUUUUCAAAUAACUUGGCAUGAAUGUGUACCACAGUUAGACGACGUGUUGUGCGCAAGACCCAGGUCCGUAGCUCAAAGGUCAAGGUCACACUUAGACGUUAAAGGAUAGUGCAUUGAUGGGCGUGUCUGGUCCAUAUCUUUGUCAUCCAUGGAUGGAUUUUCAAAUAACUUGGCAUGAAUGUGUACCACAGUAAGACGACGUGUCGCGCGCAAGACCCAGGUCCGUAGGUCAAAGGUCCUAAACUCUAACAUCGACCAUAACUAUUCAUUCAAAGUGCCAUCGGGGGCAUGUGUCAUCCUAUGGAGACAGCUCUUGUUUCUUUUUUUUUAAUGUCAGUUUGUCAUUUAACCAAGUAAUAACUGAAUUCAAUGAAAAUAAGUUAUUUUUACAUGGGCAUUUAAUAAUGCAGUAUUAAUGUCAUCAGUGUUGUGCAUUAUUUAGAAAAAAUGUUUGUGACAUGAAUCACUAUCUUUCUUUUUAUUCCUAUGCAUUAUCACUUUUUAAGGCAUCUAGUGUAUAUUUUGUAUCUACAUUUUGUCUUUCCAAGUGGGAAAUGGUACUUUUUAGCCAAAAUUAGAAUUAUAGAGGUUAUAUAGUUUGUAAUAUUAUUGUGUGAUUAACAGCAUAUUUUGUUACCGAAACUUAAUUUUCAUUCCAUUCAUUCAAGGUAAAGGUCAUGUAGGGGUUGCUGUGGCGAGGUGGUUAAGACAGCUGACCUUAAAUCACUUACACCUUACUGCUGUUGGUUCAAAACCUUUAUUGGGAUGUAGAAUUCUUUCAUGUGAAGAAUCCAUCCAGCUGACUUGAGGAAGGCACGUUGUUCAACCCAGGGGCCUGCCCUUGGUGAAAUUAUGCCUGGAGGGGCACCUGAGGCCUUCCUCCACCAUCAAAAGCUGGAAAGUCACCAUAUGACUUAUAAUUGUUUUAGUCUGAUGUUAAACCAAACAAAAACAAAUGAAGGUCGAAAGUUUAAGCAAAAGACUGAGCCACAUAUUACAUGUUUAGUUUAUAUGUCCUUAAUUCCUGGAAGGCUUUUCAUACGAGUUUCAUAAAACUAAAGCAGUGUGUUCAUUGUACAAAGUUUAAAGUGCAAAACCAUUACUGCAGUCAUGUGGGCUUACGGUUAAGGAUACAGUUCAAGGUAAUUUGUCAAUAACCAGCAUUUCUUGUAUAGACUGUAGCAGCUUUACAAAACCUCUGGAGUAAAUAUUUUCUACAACCUCUCAAGGCUGUACCAUCAAAAAUUUCACCAAUUCAAAGAAGUAAAUUUUCAAAAGUUACAAAAAUGUAAUUCUAUGAUAAAUUAUAUAUUCUAUCUACGUUAUAUUUAUGAACCAUUGCUAUAUGUUUGUCUACCAUUUGAUAAAAAGUUAUAAACAUGAUCAACAAGUUGUCACAUUUAUAACAAUCAUUCUUACAUUUGCAUGCUUGAUCAGUUUAAUUUAAUCAGGUCAUAUUUGUGGGUUAACCAGAAUAAUCCAGAUUUUUAUGCCCCCUGUUGAAGAAGGAGGGGUAUAUUGUUUUGAAGAUGUUGGUUGUUCGGUCUGUAGACCAAUCUUUUUCCGGAUGAUAACUCAAGAACGCUUUGGCCUAGGAUAAUGAAAGUUGAUAGGGAGGUUGGUCAUGACCAGCAGAGGACCUAUAUUGAUUUUGAGGUUAGUAGGUCAAAGGUCAAGGUCACAGUGUCCCGGAACAAUUAAAAGUGUUUCUGACUGAUAAGUCAAGAACGCUUAGGCCUAGGAUCAUGAAAGUUGACAGGGAUGAUGGUCAUGGCCAGCAGAUGACCUCUAUUGAUUUUGAGGUCAGUAGGUCAAAGGUCAAGGUCACAGUGACCUGGAACAGUUGAAUGGUUUCCGGGUGAUAACUCAAGAAUGCUUGUGCCUAGGAUCAUGAAAGUUGAUAGGGAAGUUGAUCAUGACCAGCAGAUGACCCCUGUUAAUUUUGAGUUCAGUAGGUUUAAAGGUCAUGGUCACAGUGAGCGGAAACAGUUAAACUGUCUCCAGAUGAUAACUCGAGAAUGCUUGGGCCUAGGAUCAGGAAACUUAAUAGGGAGGUUAAUAAUGACCUGCAAAUGACCCCUAUUGAUUUUGAGGUCAGUAGGUGAAAGGCCAAGGUCACAGUGGCCCGGAACAAUUAAACCGUUUCCAGAGGCUAACAAGAACGCUUGGGCCUAGGAUCACGAAACUUAAUAGGGAGGUUGACCAUGACCAGCAGAUGACCCCUAUUGAUUUUGAAGUCAGGAUAUCAAAUGUCAAGGUCAAGAUCUACCAGAACAGUAGAUAUUUUUUUGCUAGAUAACUAGAGAAUGCUUUGGUCUAAGAUCACAUUUGAUACGGAGGUCACUUAUGACUGGUAAAUGACCCAUAAUUAUUGAUUUGAGGUCAGUAUGUCAAACGUCCAAUGCACAGUGACCAAAUAAUUUCUGUUCCUUGUGCAGUUACUGAAUGCAUCAAGGGGGUGCGUUUUGUGUUCUACAAGCUCUUGUUUGUUUCUUAUCUGGAAAUUAUUCUUUGAGCCAAAGCCAGGAAUGUUAAACAAGUCAGUUAUUUUGUGAUAUUUUUUGUGAUUUACAUUAUAUUUUGUUUAUAAUCAUAUUGCUGACUGUUUUAUUCUGUAUUUUUGAGAAAAUUACGAGAUUUAAUCAAUUUUUGCAUGGAAUUUGUAUGUUUGAAUCAGAAUGUUUUUAUAUGAGUUGACACAAAACCGUAACAGUGCCAUUGUGCAAUAUUUGGGUUAAAAUCCAACAGCACUUUUUAAAAGAUUGUUAAUAUUUUACCUUGAUUACAUUCAGCAUUUAUUUUUCAGCAAGGGGAUGCGUACAACAGAAGAAAGUUUUGAUAAAAAAAAUACUUGUCUUUACAAAUUUAAUAAAAAAUCAUUAUCUAUCAACCAAAGAUUACAUUAUUUUGACAGAUUUAUGGUGCUUUAAACUUGGAUAUUCAGCCUUUAUCUUUUUUCCUAUGAUAAACACUGGUAUUUAUUGUUAUUAUUAUCAGACAGAACUGUUAAAAAAGCUUUGCUUUCAUUACCUAUGUAGAAUAAUACACUAAGCAGGGUUUUCCUUGAUGCACAAUUUUGUGUUUUAGCACAGCAUGUUCCCAAAUUACUCUGAAUGGGUCACUGAUGACGCAAGUGAACUCUGGACCAAAUUUUUGGCGAUGCUAAUUUUCAUACCCAAUCUAAUUUAAGUAAGCACUGGUUUGCAUAUCAGUAUGAAUCAGUAACAUGGACUGCGACUACAUAGUUUAAGACAAAUUUUCUAUAGUGUCCAAUUAUCAGGUACAUGUUAUGGUCUGUAUACACUGUAAACUGGUCUAUACUAGGUAAUAAGGCAGACUGUGUCGAAAGUUUAUCAGUCUGAUACACCUAAAGAUGUCUUGAUCAAGUAAAUCGUUCAACAACAAAAUUUGCUCAAAAUAUAUGUUUCUGUUGCCUGCUUCAUGUAUGAAGAAAGCGCUGUGUAGCCACGAGGUUCAUGCUCAAAGUCGUGUUUGAACAAACAUGCCUGACUUUAUAUUGAAAGCAUUGACAGUCUUGGCUGUGUUAGGCCACUCAGGCUCUGUUUAUAUACAUUAAUUUCUCUUUCCUCCUUUCUGAUUAGUUUAUUAUAAAUUUAAACCAAAUGAACACCUAAAUUUGAAAAUGACUCCCCAAGGCCAAACAUGAAGGUGUCGUAAUAACCACCUUCAAAUAUUUUUUAGGGAAAACCCUGCACUACACCUUAAUGGCCCUUCGUGAGGAUUUCAAAUUUUCAAAAACUUGCACAGGUUAGAUUUUUUUAAAGCUUCAUCAGCUUAAAUUACUGCAACAAUCAAAACUUUUUAUUUAUGUUUCUUAAAAUCUUAAUUCCAAACCCAUUUUUUGUUUUCAUAAAUCUUAAAGUUAUUCAGUCAACUUUAUUAUCCUGUUCUUGAGAAUCAAAAAAUAUUUUAUCACAGCUUUGUAGUAUCUGUUUUUGUCAUCUAAAAUUUUGAAAUAUUAAUCAUCAGCUUGAAAUCAGGGAUUAAUUAAAUUAAAUGUCUUAUUGGACAAAAAUCACAUAUAUCUUUUACCUUUAGAACUACCGGUAAUUUGAUACAGACUUUAAACAAUAAGAGAAAUUGUGAUUUUUAUACACGUGUGUAGCAAAUCCCUAUAAAUAACAAAUAAGAGCUGGCUAAAAUUAUUAGCUCACCUGUCACAAAGUGACAAGGUGAGCUUUUGUGAUCGCGCGGUGUCCGUCGUCCGUCCAUCCAUGCGUGCGUCCGUCCGUAAACUUUUGCUUGUGACCACUCUAGAGGUCACAUUUUUCAUGGGAUCUUUAUGAAAGUUGGUCAGAAUGUUCAUCUUGAUGAUAUCUAGGUCAAGUUCGAAACUGGGUCACGUGCCUUCAAAAACUAGGUCAGUAUGUCUAAAAAUAGAAAAACCUUGUGACCUCUCUAGAGGCCAUAUAUUUCACAAGAUCUUCAUGAAAAUUGGUCAGAAUGUUCACCUUGAUGAUAUCUAGGUCAAGUUCGAAACUGGGUCACGUGCCUUCAAAAACUAGGUCAGUAGUUCUAAAAAUAGAAAAACCUUGUGACCUCUCUAGAGGCCAUAUAUUUCAAAAGAUCUUCAUGAAAAUUGGUCAGAAUGUUCAUCUUGAUGAUAUCUAGGUCAAGUUCGAAACUGGGUCACGUGCCUUUAAAAACUAGGUCAGUAGGUCUAAAAAUAGAAAAACCUUGUGACCUCUCUAGAGGCCAUAUAUUUCAAAAGAUCUUCAUGAAAAUUGGUCAGAAUGUUCACCUUGAUGAUAUCUAGGUCAAGUUCGAAACUGGGUCACGUGCCUUUAAAAACUAGGUCAGUAGGUCUAAAAAUAGAAAAACCUUGUCACCUCUCUAGAGGCCAUAUAUUUCAUGAGAUCUUCAUGGAAAUUGGUCAGAACGUUCACCUUGAUGAUAUCUAGGUCAAGUUUGAAACUGGGUCACGUGCCAUCAAAAACUAGGUCAGUAGGUCAAAUAAUAGAAAAACCUUGUGACCUCUCUAAAGGCCAUUUUUUUCAUGGGAUCUGUAUGAAAGUUGGUCUAAAUGUUCAUCUUUAUGAUAUCUAGGUCAAGUUCGAAACUGGGUCACGUGCCAUCAAAAACUAGGUCAGUAGGUUUAAAAUUAGAAAAACCUUGUGACCACUCUAGAGGCCAUAUAUUUCAUGAGAUCUUCAUGAAAAUUGGUCAGAAUGUUCACCUUGAUGAUAUCUAGGUCAAGUUCGAAACUGGGUCACGUGCCUUCAAAAACUAGGUCAGUAGUUCUAAAAAUAGAAAAACCUUGUGACCUCUCUAGAGGCCAUAUAUUUCAAAAGAUCUUCAUGAAAAUUGGUCAGAAUGUUCAUCUUGAUGAUAUCUAGGUCAAGUUCGAAACUGGGUCACGUGCCUUUAAAACUAGGUCAGUAGGUCUAAAAAUAGAAAAAACCUUGUGACCUCUCUAGAGGCCAUAUAUUUCAAAAGAUCUUCAUGAAAAUUGGUCAGAAUGUUCACCUUGAUGAUAUCUAGGUCAAGUUCGAAACUGGGUCACGUGCCUUUAAAAACUAGGUCAGUAGGUCUAAAAAUAGAAAAACCUUGUCACCUCUCUAGAGGCCAUAUAUUUCAUGAGAUCUUCAUGGAAAUUGGUCAGAACGUUCACCUUGAUGAUAUCUAGGUCAAGUUUGAAACUGGGUCACGUGCCAUCAAAAACUAGGUCAGUAGGUCAAAUAAUAGAAAAACCUUGUGACCUCUCUAAAGGCCAUUUUUUUCAUGGGAUCUGUAUGAAAGUUGGUCUAAAUGUUCAUCUUUAUGAUAUCUAGGUCAAGUUCGAAACUGGGUCACGUGCCAUCAAAAACUAGGUCAGUAGGUUUAAAAUUAGAAAAACCUUGUGACCACUCUAGAGGCCAUAUAUUUCAUGAGAUCUUCAUGAAAAUUGGUCAGAAUGUUCACCUUGAUGAUAUCUAGAUCAAGUUCGAAAGUGGGUCACGUGCUUUCAAAAACUAGGUCAGUAGGUCAAAUAAUAGAAAAACCUUGUGACCUCUCUAGAGGCCAUAUUUUUCAUGGGAUCUGUAUGAAAGUUAAUCUGAAUGUUCAUCUUGAUGAUAUCUAGGUCAAGUUCGAAAGAGGGUCACGUGCCGACGAUAACUAGGUCAGUAGGUCAAAUAAUAGAAAAACCUUGUGACCUCUCUAAAGGCCAUAUUUUUCAUGGGAUCUGUAUGAAAAUUGGUCUGAAUGUUCAUCUUAAUGAUAUCUAGAUAAAGUUCGAAACAGGGUCAUAUGCGGUCAAAAACUAGGUCAGUAGGUCUAAAAAUAGUAAAACCUUGUGACCUCUUUAGAGGCCAUACUUGUGAUUUGAUCUCCAUAAAAAUUGGUCAGAAUGUUCACCUUGAUAAUAUCUAGGUCAAGUUUGAAACUGGGCCACGUGCCUUUAAAAACUAGGUCAGUAGGUCAAAUAAUAAAAAAACCUUGUGACAUCUCUAGAGGCCAUACUUUUCAUGGGAUCUGUAUGAAAGUUGGUCUGAAUGUUCAUCUUGAUGAUAUCUAGGUCAAGUUUGAAACUGGGUCAACUGCGGUCAAAAACUAGGUCAGUAGGUCUAAAAUUAUAGAAGAACCUUGUGACCUCUCUAAAGGCCAUAUUUUUCAAUUGAUCUUCAUGAAAAUUGAUCUGAAUGUUCACCUUGAUGAUAUCUAGGUCAUUUUCGAAACUGGGUCACGUGCGGUCAAAAACUAGGCCAGUAGGUAUAAAAAUAGAAAAACCUUGUGACCUCUCUAGAGGCCAUAUUUUUCAUGAGAUCUUCAUGAAAAUUAGUGAGAAUGUUCACCUUGAUGAUAUCUAGGUAAAAUUCAAAACAGGGUCACAUACCUUCGAAAACUAGGUCAAUAGGUCAAAUAAUAGAAGAACCUUGUGACCUCUCUAGAGACCAUAUUUUUCAAUGGAUCUUCAUGAAAAUUGGUCAGAAUUUUUAUCUUGAUAAUAUCUAGGUCAAGUUCAAAACUGGGUCACAUGAGCUCAAAAACUAGGUCACUAUGUCAAAUAAUAGAAAAAACGACGUCAUACUCAAAACUGGGUCAUGUGGGAAGAGGUGAGCGAUUCAGGACCAUCAUGGUCCUCUUGUUGAAUAACUUGAAACAAGUAGAUUAACAUGUGUAAGUUUGGUUUAACAGAUUAAGCUAAAUAUGUAAGGCUAUUUUUUUGUGAAGAGCUUGAUAUAUUCUGAAUCUUGACAUCUCAGAGGUUUAUUGAAAUAAAGAUGGAAAUCUGAUAAAUCCAUAAAAAUAUGAUAUUUGAACCUCUGUAAUUUUGCAGUGUAAGCAGUAUUUUUUGUAUAAUUCCAGAACAUAUUUUAUAAUAAAUGAAAUAUCAGUCAAA